GUAUUCUGGUCGCGCAUGCGCACCGACGACGGAGACUGAGGCUGUUGUGUUGACAAAUAUCGGGGGAGGGUCUGGUACCUACUGCGGCUCCGGCGCUGGGACUCAAGGGGAUCUUCUGGUCCAUGACUGUCCGCAGACAUGAAGAGCCAACAAAAGAGUCCUGAGCCUGACGGGAGUGUGACUGUCAAUGAGGAAGGAUCCGUUGCCACGGCUGAGGACCCAGCUGCCAUUGCAGCUAUCCAGUCUGCUGCGACCUUCACCGAUCAGCCCAUCAAGUAUCUGUUCAAGACUGAAGGAGCAGGUGGUCAGGUGACCUACCGAGUCAUUCAGGUGUCUGAUGGGCAGUUGGAGGCGCAAACAGAUGGCGGCGCAGCAGUGAGCCUGGUCACUGGAUUCCCUGCGACCAGUCAGGCCGUCACACAGGCUGUUUUCUCCCAGUCGGACGGCUUGGAGGGUGACACCAGCACUGACGCCCAGUACACCUACUAUCCUGCCACCAUUGCUGAUGCCACCACAGGCACGAUGGUGACCACAGUGCAGGCGUCGGACUCUCUCCUGGGCCAGACCACGCCCACUGGGCAGCUCUAUGUGAUGAUGUCACCGCAGGAAGUCCUGGCCGGAUCCAAUCAAAGGACAAUCGCACCACGCACUCAGCCAUACAUCGCAAAACAAGAUCCUCCCCGAGGGUCGCGAGACGAGAAGCGUCGGGCACAGCACAAUGAAGUUGAGCGCAGGAGAAGGGACAAAAUUAACAACUGGAUUGUUCAACUGUCGAAAGCGAUACCUGACUGUAACGUGGAUUACACCAAGACCGGACAAGUAAAUAGUAAAGGAGGCAUUUUGUCCAAAGCCUGUGACUACAUCAAGGAACUUCGACAGAGCAACCAGAAGCUUGGCGACGACAUCAGCGCUAUUGACCGACUCAGAAUUGACAACCAGCUACUCAGACAGGAAGUUGAAGACUGGAAAUCCAAGAAUCAGAUCCUGAGGAACCUGCUCAGACAGCACGGCAUAGUGGGGUCAUCGAGCACGGACCCCCAGUAACAGGACUUUGGAGGACAAAAACAUAUAUCGGGCCAAAAGAGACCUUGUCAUGCUUUGCAACAGUGAGUUGCUGAUGGAACAGGAUACAUAUUGUCCGAGAUUAUCUAUCCGGUGUUUUUGUAAAAAUGUUUCUAGAAUUUGAGAGUUUUAACAUAAUCAUUCAUCAAAGUGUUGAAACGUUCAGGGUGAGUGACUGAGUCAGUCUCAUUAACACACGUUUUCCUUAUUAUCCUCUCAUACCCAACCAGCUCGGUAAGCUUGAAUAUUUUCCUUUUGCAUUAGCCUAUAUUUUAAUGUUUCCAAACAGUUAAUGUGUCUUCAACUCCAUGUUUUCAUCUCACUGACCAAACAAAGUUGGUUCAUAGCUCAGCUCCUCUUCUUUCCAUCUGUUUCUAUUUAGUCUCACCCAAACCGUGUUACUUAACGGGAGUAAGCUUUUUAUUGUAGAUGGCUGUGUACUGUAUGUCUUUGUAAUAAAAAUACAAUCAAC